AUGAAUACUAUCGAUAAUGUACGUCGUGCUUUUCGUUCAAAAUAUUCGUUUGAUGUGCAAUCGACAUGGUUACAACCAUGUCUUGCUUGGUUACGUGAUCAAUUUCAAUUAACUGAAUUAACUAAUAAUUAUGCACUUGAAAAAAUCUAUAACCAAUGGCUUCAUACAGAUAUCACUCUUAUUGCUGAUGCGUAUUCUUUGCCAAAUGAUUUGGAUUUAAAUGCGAAAAAAGUUCAAUUGAGUGGUAAAUAUGCAUUACAGAUCAAUAGUAUAUUAUGUAUUUCUGAACCAUACUACACACAAGUUUUGAAUAUACAUGGUGAUCAAAAUGACAAUGAACGAAUCGAUACAGAUACAACUGAAACACAACAAUGGAAACCACCACAGACUAAACGUGUUCUUUAUUUGGAAUUAACUGAUGGUAAAACAGUACUUCGUGGAUUAGAAUAUGAAACAAUUAGUGGUCUAGAUCGAGAUACGACAUUACCUGGUGCAAAAAUUCUUGUGAGCGGUCCAGUGAUGUUUCGUCGAGGAGUGCUACUUUUAACACCAAAGAAUACACAAUUGCUCGGUGGUUAUGUUGAUAGUUUACUUGAUAAAAGUAUUUCACUGGAAACAACAUUAACUUCAUUGUCUAAAGCAGCAUCAAAAUCAGACGAAAGUCGAGUACGAUUCAAUCGAUUAAACAUAAAAGUUCAUCCACCAAUGACUAAUGAUAACUUAAUCAAUCGAGCAGCUGACGCACGAACGAAUCAAAAUAAUUUUUACGAAGAAGAAGAUGAAGUGGAUGAAUUGAUACGUCAAGCCUAUGCUGAUGGUAUGCUUAAUGAUAAUAGUCAAAUAGUUGCAAAUUCAAAUGAUCGAAAUCCUCCUCCUCCUUCUUCUUUGCCAUACAGUACAAUUCGAUCAUCUAAUAAUGCGACAAAUACUAUAAGAACUACUGCUACAACCAAUCGCCUUUCAACUCAAAUGAACCAACCUGAAAAUUUAAUUCUUAUAUCUGAUGAUGAUGAUAGCCAUUUAUCGGAAAUAAACAUGCCUUCACUACCACCAUCAUCAUCUUCAUCAUCAUCAUUAUCAUCCUAUAAUCAAAGAUCUCAUAUACCUACUUUUUUUUCUCCGGCACCACCACCACCACCUACUGUACGACCUCCAGUGCCUAAAAUAUCUUUACCUUAUACAUAUUUAUCUCUUAUUCGUUAUCAAACAUCUUCAUUGAAUGCAACGUAUCAAGAUUUUACAAUCAAAGCAUGUUUUUCAUCAUUGGUGUCUAAUCCACGUUUAGUUAAAAAUGAAUUUGAUUUACAAGCGUAUAUUAACGAUGGUAGUGAUUGUAUACUUGUUCGUUUAGCAUCUGAUCUUCUUGCUCAACGCAUUGGUAUAACUGUAGCAGAAUUAAUGAUAAAACGAAAAGAAUGUACAAACGAUAUUGAUAAACAAAAACUUCAAAUGAAUUUCAAUGAACGCUUGAAAAUAUUUGGUCAUAACAUGGCACAAUUAAAUGCUAUUAUGACUUUACGAUAUUUUUCUGAUAUUGAAAAACCAAUGGUGAUGGCAAUUGAUGAAACCUAG